AUGUCACCAAGCAAGUUGGAAAAGCGUAAACGUACCGAAGAUCUUGUUGAUUCUCCUAUUGAUUCUGAUACUGUCAAGAAGAUCAAGAAGGACAAGAAGGAAAAGAAGAAUAAAAAGGACAAGAAAGAUAAAAAGGACAAAAAGGAAAAGAAGGAUAAAAAGGACAAGAAAGAAAAGCAUUCUACUACUAGUGAAGGUGGCGUAUCCCAACAAGAAUCUGCUGUUUUGGAAACUUUGACUGACUACAAAUAUGAAGAACAUCCUGAACUAACAAGCUUGCCUCAAUCUACCAUUGAUGCAUUCAAUAAGGAACAUGCUGUGGAAAGUCAUGGUGAUCUCAAGUUGCGUCCUUUAUUAAAGUUUGAUUAUACUCGGUUACCUGAAAACAUUAUGCAAGUCUUCAAAAAAUUUGAUAAACCUACACCUAUUCAAGCUACUACCUGGCCUAUUUCUCUUUCUGGUCGUGAUAUCAUUGGUAUUGCUGAAACUGGUUCUGGAAAGACUUAUGCUUUCACUAUUCCUGGUUUGGUCCAUAUUUCAUCCAAGUUACUCAAGCAAAAAUCAUCUUCUGAUAAAGUUAGAAAACCCACUAUGCUUGUUGUAUCUCCUACUCGUGAAUUGGCCAUGCAAAGUCAAGAACAAGCCUUAGAAGCUGGAAAAUCAUGUGGUGUGACUUCAUGUUGUUUAUAUGGUGGUGUAUCCAAGAUUGGUCAACGUGAAGAAUUACAAAGAGGUGUGGAUAUUAUUGUGGCUACUCCUGGACGUUUAAUUGAUUUGAUCAAUGAAGGUUAUUGUGAUUUAUCUGAAAUUUCGUUUAUGGUAUUGGAUGAAGCUGAUCGUAUGUUGGAUGAUGGUUUUGAAAAGAACAUUCGUGAUAUUAUGGAUUACACACCUAAGAAUCGACAAACUCUUAUGUUCUCUGCUACAUGGCCCGAAAGUGUUCGUAAACUUGCUAAUGAAUAUCUUUCCAAUCCUAUGCGUAUCUCCAUUGGAUCAACUGAUUUGGCUGCCUCUCAAAAUGUCACUCAAAUUGUACAAGUAGUGGAAAAUCCUAGGGACAAGGAAUAUAAAUUGGUGGAAUUAUUAAAGAAGAUCCAUAAAAGUCGACAAAAUCGAAUCUUGGUAUUUGCAUUGUAUAAGAAGGAAGCAACUCGUGUGGAAAAUACUCUUCAACGUAGUGGAUUCAAAGCUGUGGGGAUUCAUGGUGAUAAGAGUCAACAACAACGAACCGAAGCAUUACAACAGUUCAAGGAUGGUUCUUUCCCUGUGAUGGUAGCAACAGAUGUAGCAGCUCGUGGUCUUGAUAUUCCUGAUGUUGAAUAUGUUAUCAAUCUUACUUUCCCUCUUACUAUUGAAUCUUAUGUACAUCGUAUUGGUCGAACUGGUCGUGGUGGUAGAAAGGGUACUGCUUAUACAUUCUUUACUCCUAUGGAUAAGGCACAUUCUGGUGAACUGAUCAACGUUUUGAAACAAGCUAAUCAAAAAGUACCUGAAGAAUUAUUGAAGUUUGGAACUACUGUCAAGAAGAAAACUCAUGGUGCUUAUGGUGCUUUCUUCAAGGAUACCAGCGAUGCUCCCAAAGCUAGCAAAAUUGUAUUUAGUGAUGAUUAGAUUAU